GUCUGCCUGCCUUCUCAGGCCAGUGGAGGAGACGGAUAUGCAUAUCUGCCAAACGUCCCAGUCGACCCGGCUGAUCAAUUCUUAGGAUCUGCUGGCGGCCGCCGGUCGGGUCUUAGAUUUGACAGUUGCGUUGCCAGAAUGGUGGAGUCAUGCAACCGAUAUGUUCUUAAAUCUCUCGGCAUGUAGCAACCGUGCCUGCUAUUUAUCUGACUCCCGACGCAAGGCGGGCCCCUCAUAAACCUAUGGGCCAGGAGCCGACCGUAUUUGCCGUCGCCAUCUGACCUCCUCAGUAUCCAGAUUCACCACACAUAUUGAAAUGAUUAUAAGAGCAGUGAUGUCUCUCUCUGAUUUCUUCGGCAAUCAUCCUCCAUAGACAAUCUACUCUUUCUCGCACGUCCUCCAGUCGUGUCAUUUCGACUCAUCUUCUUCAUACACACAAAUACACAAUGUCGCCCAAGCGCCAAUUCGACCCCAACUUCACUCCCUAUGUGAUAAACUCUAUGGGACCCAGAACCCCUGAGCGCGCUCGCGUCAUCUUGGGAUCUCUGAUUAAGCACAUCCACGACUUUGCUCGUGAGGUCGAGCUUACUCCCGCAGAGUGGAUGCUCGGUGUCGAGUUCAUCAACUCUAUCGGCAAGAUCAGCACUCCCGUGCGCAACGAGUGCCACCGCAUUUGCGAUGUUAUCGGCCUUGAAUCUCUUGUCGAUGAGAUCGCCAACAAGAUCGUCACUGACGAGGGCCUGACUCCCACCUCCAACGUCAUUCUUGGCCCCUUCUGGUCGCCCAACGCUCCCUUCCGCAAUCUCGGCGACAGCAUCAUCCAGGAUCCCAACCCCAACGGCAAGGUCACCUUUAUGCACGGUGUCCUGACAGACAUGGAAACCGGCAAGCCCGUCGUCGGCGCAGUCCUCGACAUCUGGCAAGCCUCCGCCAACGGCCAGUACGACUUCCAAGACCCCAACCAGAGCGACAACAACCUCCGCGGAAAGUUCAGAUCGAACGAGAAGGGCGAGUUCUACUGGUACUGCUACCGCCCUACCCCUUACUCUCUGCCCACCGACGGCCCGGCCGGUGUGCUCCUCAAUCUCAUGGAUCGCUCUCCCAUGCGGCCCGCCCACAUUCACCUCAUGAUUACCCACCCCGACUACGCCACCAUUAUCAAUCAGAUUUACCCCAGCGACGAUCCGCAUCUCGACAUCGACUCGGUCUUCGCCGUCAAGGAUGACCUUGUCGUUGAUUUCAAACCCAAGACCGACGACCCCAAGGCCGUGCUCGACCUCGAGUACAACGUCAAGAUGGCCCUGAAGAAGCACCACCCCAACCCCAACUCUGCGCCCCCGGUUUCGUCCUUUGAGCGCUUCAACAAGGGCCAGAAGCUGUGAGGAGGUGUUUGAAUGAUUGAUGCAUCUUUUCAAUUUUCUCUACUGUAGAAAACAGGGUGGCGCCGUCAUCGCCAGAGCAAUCCGACUUCUCCUAGACGGUGUGGUCUGAACUCUGUUUUUUUCAUACCUUACCGCUGUACAUAUUAUUUGUUUGAUACUCCUGUUCGCAUGUUUCCUGGGUGUUUAGUUAUUAGCAUAAGCAGCGAUCAUUACAGCUGAAUAGAUUCCCCGUUCUCAUUUCUUUGG